UUUGAUAAGGGUAUUAGCAAUACCUUUGGUAUUAGCAGAUCUUCCUGUUCAUUGCUUAAGACAUUAGAUUGUGGGCAAAUGGAAAAUGGAGGUUUCUUAUGUUUAAUUGAGAGGCAUGGGUUCAGUGCCCUGUGGCUAUCAUGGUCCUGACACAUAGAAUUCUUGAUAUAAAGCUGGUUGGGAGGAUUUCCAAGCUUUAAAUUCAUUUGAAUUAACAUUGGGAAAUGAUUAUACAGUCACAGACAAAGACAGAAAAUAAAUUGGAUCAUGGACUAUGGUAUAUGAUGAAGGAUUUGAGGUUGAACAUUUUGGUGUUAAAUAUUUCGCAUUUUCUAAAUAUGAACCAAAAUAGCGUUGAUUAUAAAUCAUUAUGUUGGAGAAGCUUUGAUUGGUUGGAUGUUAUAGAGCCUAGAAGGCUGAUGGAAAUGUUGAUGCAACAGAUACUUAUAAACUUAUUAGUGUUGUUCAACCAGAAUUCAUUUAAAAAAGUACAAUACACGGGGAGAUAGAGUUAAAUUAAAAAAAGACUUUACUAACAUAAAGAAGCAGUAGAUAAAUUGAAUAGUAUUCCAAAAUUAUGGAAGGCUAAAGCAUAUACGAUCACUUUUGAAGGUAAGAGUUUGUUUGUUGGAAUUGAUAAAAUGGCUGGUAGUAGAAGACAUUAUCAAGGCAAAUCUGAAAAGAGAGCUUCGUUUUUUAAAUUAAAAUCUAGUGAUGUGUCAGAUCUACCAAAAACAUAUACUUUAGAAAGAUGUCUAGAUGCUCUCAGAUAAUAUAAGCAAUGUGGAUCAUGUUAUGCCAUUUCAACUAUGGAAAUGUUAUCAGCUAGAUUGAAAAUGAAAGUAGAGAAAGUCAUACUAUCACCUCAAUAUUCAGUGGAUUGCAAUUACCAUAAUUAAGGAUGCGAUGGUGGAUAUCCAUUCUUGGUUGAAAAACUCGCAUUUGAAUAAUAUUUAGUUACAGAAGAACAAUAUCCAUACAAGGGUGAUGCGGGAAUUUGGAAAAAGAUUGAUUUCUCUUAAUCCUCUAAAGUGUAUGGAGCUAAGAAUUAUAAAUAUCAUGUUGGAAUUGUUUAAGGAUGGUUCUGUUAUUAAGAAUUUGAACCAGGAUAAGACUUUAUGAAUUAUUAAAGUGGUAUCUAUCAUUCAGAGAAAGUCGAUCAUUCUGUUUUGUGUUAUGGUUGGGGAGAAGAGAAUGGAGUGAAGUUUUGUUUACUUUAGAAUAGUUGGGGAGAAUAAGGCAAUUUUAUAAUAAAUAGAAUGAAGAGAGGUGCUUAAGAAUCUGCCAUUGAGAGAAUGGCUUAAGCUGCAGAUCCAGUGAUUUAUUCUAAAUCUUCAGGAGAGUUUAUCGAAAUAAGCUAGUCUAAUUUAAGAAAGUAAUGA